AUGAUGUUCAGAACAGCUAGAUCAUUGGCCAGGGCCAUGGCUCAUCCGCUGCGUGCAAACUCCGUGCGCACUUUGGCCACGGCUGUGGCAGCUCCUCCCGAGGGUUCCCCUAUAACAUUGAAGUCCGCCACUAGAGAUGAAUCCAAGUUCGGUACCAGACCCAUUUACUUGGAUGUCCAGGCCACGACGCCCACAGACCCUCGUGUGCUCGACAAGAUGUUGCAGUUCUACACUGGUUUGUAUGGAAACCCUCACUCGUCUACCCAUGCUUAUGGAUGGGAGACAGACAAGGAAGUGGAAAAGGCGAGAGAAUAUGUGGCUGCCACAAUUGGCGCCGACCCCAAGGAGAUCAUUUUCACUUCGGGAGCAACUGAGUCUAACAACAUGGCCAUCAAAGGUGUUCCGCGUUUCUACAAGAAAACUAAGAAGCAUAUCAUUACCACGCAAACAGAACACAAAUGUGUGUUGGAUUCUGCCCGUAGAAUGCAAGAUGAGGGGUUUGAGGUGACUUACUUACCUGUUAAUAAUGAGGGUUUGAUUGACUUGGAUGAGUUGCGUGCUGCUAUCAGAAAGGAUACUGUUUUAGUGUCGAUCAUGGCUGUCAACAACGAAAUUGGUGUCAUUCAGCCAAUUAAGGAGAUCGGCCAGAUCUGUAGGGAGAACAAAGUGUUCUUCCACACAGAUGCUGCUCAGGCCUACGGAAAGAUCCCAAUGAAUGUGAACGACAUGAACAUUGAUAUGAUGUCCAUCAGUUCCCACAAGAUUUACGGACCAAAGGGAAUUGGAGCUUGUUAUGUCAGAAGAAGACCUAGAGUGAGAUUGGACCCUAUUAUUUCUGGAGGUGGUCAAGAGAGAGGUUUGAGAUCCGGUACUUUGGCUCCUCCUUUGGUGGCCGGUUUCGGUGAAGCUGCCAGAUUGAUCACCCAGGAAAUGGAUUACGAUAGAGCUUAUAUCAGCAAGCUUGCCAACAAGUUGAAGGAGGGUUUGUUGUCUAUUCCGGAAACCCAAUUCAAUGGUGUUUUGUCUGACCCGUCCAAGCAAUACGCUGGAUGUGUUAAUAUCUCGUUUGCCUACAUUGAGGGUGAGUCAUUGUUGAUGGCAUUGAAAGACAUUGCCUUGUCCUCGGGUUCGGCAUGUACCUCGGCCUCGUUGGAGCCUUCGUAUGUUUUGCACGCAUUGGGCGCUGAUGAUGCGUUGGCCCACUCGUCCAUCAGAUUUGGUAUUGGUAGAUUCACCACCGAGGCUGAGAUCGACUAUGUGAUCAAGGCCAUCAACGAGAGGGUGGAUUUCUUAAGAAAGAUGUCACCUUUGUGGGAAAUGGUUCAAGAUGGUAUUGACUUGAACACCAUCGAAUGGAGUGGGCACUAA